AUGUCUUCAACCACAUCCCCACCCGCCAGCAGUCCUCCCUUGCCCAAUGAGCAAAUCCAGACAGGUUGGAAUGAUGAUGGCGGUCAACACACGCAUCCUAUUUCAAUAUCCAGCAGCUUGAAUGAAAGUGCCAUACAAGCUCACCAGUCAACUGGAUCUGCUUUGGACAUGGAUAAUGAGGAGGUAGACGGGAACGCACGUGCAUCUAAAUCACUUCAUGACUCUGAGAGCCAAGUGGAUGUACUUAAUGCUGAACCACUGGAAACAUCUAUCCAAGCUCACCAGUCAUCAGCUGGAUCUGACUUAGAGGUGGAAAUUCAAGCUGAAAGCGAAGUAGAAGUGAACGCACGCCAAUCUGAAUCACUUCAUGAAGUUGAGAGCCCAGUGCAGGAUACACAGGACCUAUCGAUUGCAGGACCAUCGACAAACAACGAACAAAGAAGCUCUCAAUGGCCCACAGGGAUUCCUCACGAGCGCAAAAGGCGACUGACAAGUACUGGUCAAGAGCAUCGUCUGCAACGCACACGCUCUGGCACGGCCGAGGGAGCCAUGGUGGAAAGGACAUCCUUACCACAUCGAUCAGCGUCAUUGGCUAUCAGAAGAAAUCAUUCAUCGGUGCCUGGUUCAUCCCGCGCCACGGCGAUUGAUAUCACAUCAUCGCCCCUAGACGAGACUCUAGGGCAGAGGGACAGCCAGGUUGAAGAGGAUGUUCUGUCGGAUCCUUGGUGGCAAAGCCAGGAAGCAGAAAGACUUGUCUCUUAUACAGGGAGACCACGUGGGCAUACUGAAGCAGCGAGAUAUUCGAGAUAUCCAGACAUUGGAUUUAUCCAGCGUCAAGCAGACGAGAUGGAGUACUUGAACUCAACUCGAGCCCUGUUGUCAACAUCAAGAGACUCACAGGCGUUGGCAGGUGCUCAAACGAGACUGCCACCAUGGCAACCAGACUCGGAGGUGUCAAGUUGUCCGAUUUGCAAGACUGUCUUUAGCUUUUGGUAUAGAAAACAUCAUUGUCGAAAGUGUGGUCGAGUAGUUUGUGCUGCUUGCUCCCCCCAUCGAAUUACAAUUCCCAGGCAGUUUAUUAUACGGCCGCCCGAAGCUCUUGAGUCUCCCGAAUCUUCUCCUACUAUUUCACGGGAACAUACUAUUGAUCUUACUGAGGAAGAUCCGUUCUCAGUUUUUGCGUACUUCAAUCCUGCCUUGGGGGGCGGAGAAGAAGUUCGACUUUGCAACCCAUGUGUCCCUGACCCCAACCCCAACCCACUUAACCAAAAUCCACUUCACGGUGCCUUUCAACCUAAUCCUCUUCAACCCAACCCACUUCGAGAUCCCCGAACACAAGGCCAUCGACCCACCAAUUCUCUUCCAUCGACGAUGGGCGGUUCGUCUUCCCGCCCUGGUGGUCAUGGCCAGCGCGAUGGAUCUCCCGACCGCCAUCACUCCGUCCGUCGUUGGCUUAACCCCGCUCCCGACAUCAGAGUCGCAAUUCGUCCUAGCUCUCGCGUUGUCCCUGCUCGGAAAGUCCGUGAAGAGGAUGAGUGCCCGAUCUGCAAGAUCGAGUUUCUUGCUACUGAGCGAAUUGAAGAGCGUGAAUCGCAUAUUCGUGAUUGCAUAUCUCACUAUGGCUCCCCGGUCCCCAAUACCGAAGGUCCCUCCAUCCGAGGACGCCUUUCUUCCCCUGCUCCUCAUGAACCCUUCCAAGUGAACUUCAAGGCGACUGAAAAAGACUGCAUCGGUGAAGGCCCUGCUAUCGAGUGCUCGAUCUGCUUGGAAGAUUAUGAGGUUGGCCAGGGCAUGAUUCGACUCGAGUGUCUUUGCAAGUUUCACCACAAGUGUCUGAUCGGAUGGUGGAAGCGCCGUGGACCGGCAACUCUCCCGAAGGAGUGCCCCGUCCACAAAAUCCCUACCUAA